GUAGCCCUCCGCCUAGCCCUCCGUUGUCGCCGCGUAACCAGGUCCUCAGCGCCGCCGCCGUCCCAGGUCCUCAGCGCCGCCGCCGUCCCAGGUCCUCAGCACCGCCGCUUUUUCCUCUUCCCCCGUGUCUUCGUCUUCGCUGGCUUCUCGGCAGGUCCUCUUCGGCUCUUCAUCUUCGCUGGCUUCUUGGCACGGACCCAAGAUGGGUAUAGUAUCACUGCCCCGCUACGCUGAACAAAUCUUCUUCUGAUCCUCUCAGUUCUCACUAAAUGUCCAGCACCAGUAACACCAAAUCGAAAUCAAUGCCACCUCAUCACUACCACCACCACCACCAUCAGGUCCCAUGCACCCGCACACACCAGAUCGCUGCCCUACUCCUCGUGGUUGGCACCUUCUUCUUCACCAGACUCUUCGAUCGCUCCUUUGCCCCAUGCACCACCACCACCCUCCUUCGCGCGUCGCAGAAUCAGUUCUUUGGGCCCCAUGCGUGGCCGGAGCAAGGUUACGGUUCCCAGCUGUCCCUCAAGAUCUACGUUUACGACGCCGCCGAGAUCGACGGCUUGAAUCAGCUCAUGUACGGUAGGGACGGCAAGAUCACCGAGGAAGCUUGCUUGAAGGGCCAGUGGGGCACUCAGGUAAAAAUACACAAGUUACUUCUGACAUCAAGAUAUCGGACGCGAAAGAAAGAGGAUGCAGAUUUGUUUUUUGUCCCGUCAUAUGUUAAAUGUGCACGGAUGAUGGGUGGUCUAAAUGACAAAGAAAUUAAUCAGACCUAUGUCAAGGUCAUAAGCCAAAUGCCAUAUUUUCGGUUAUCUGGAGGCCGCAACCACAUCUUUGUUUUUCCCAGUGGAGCAGGGGCUCACUUGUUCAAAUCAUGGGCAACAUUUAUAAAUCGCUCCAUUAUUCUUACACCAGAGGGGGAUCGGACUGAUAAGAGAGAUACAAGUGCCUUUAAUACAUGGAAAGAUAUAAUCAUUCCAGGUAAUGUGGAUGAUGGUAUGACAAAAGAUGGGACUACUGUGGUCCGGCCUUUACCUAUUUCAAAGCGGAAAUACUUGGCCAAUUAUUUAGGACGUGCUCAAGGAAAAGCCGGCCGUCUUCAGCUAAUAGAGCUAGCAAGACAAUUUCCUGAAAAGUUGGAAUGUCCAGAUUUGAAAUUCAGCGGACCUGACAAGUUGGGAAGGAAAGAAUAUUUUGAACAUUUGCGCAAUGCAAAGUUUUGCCUUGCUCCACGUGGGGAGUCAUCUUGGACCCUCCGCUUUUACGAGUCAUUUUUUGUGGAAUGUGUUCCAGUUAUAUUAUCUGAUCAAACAGAGUUGCCAUUCCAGAACGUUGUCGAUUACAGCCAGGUAUCAAUAAAAUGGCCAUCCAGUCGAAUAGGUCCUCAAUUAUUGCAGUAUUUGGAGUCUAUACCAGACAAAGAAAUAGAAGCAAUACUAGCCCGCAGUCGACAAAUUAGGUGCUUAUUUGUCUAUGCUGCGGAUUCAGAACCUUGUUCAGCAAUGCGAGGAAUUAUGUGGGAACUCCAAAGGAAAGUGAGGCGGUUUCACCACUCGGCAGAAACAUUCUGGUUGCACAAUGGAUCUAUUGUAAACAGGAACUUAGUUGAAUUUCCAAAGUGGGAACUCCCUAUGCCUUUACCUUGAUACAUCGAGAGAUUUUUUCUUGUAUAGCUUGUGUUUUUCUUUCUUGGUGUAGCUAACUAUCAAUCCCAUAUAUCAAUUCUUUACAUGCUUAUAGUAGGUGUUGUUCAUUGUCAUUUUGUUGUAAAAUUAACGUGAACAAUCACGGAAGCACGGUUCACUAUGGUGUAACAUCCCUAUAAUUUUGAAAAUUCCACGUUAUUCCCA